AAAAUGUCUCCCAUUUAGUAAUAUUUAAUGGUGGUAGUAGCGCUCAUGAUAUCUCCAAAAUUGUUGAACGAUAUACUGAUAAUAUAAAGGGUGCAUCUAUGGUUAUUAAUAGCUACUUUCGUCAAG